GGCGAAAAAGAACAUUUUUUUUUUCCUCCUUGGCCGCAGUCACGGCCGUCUUCGUUUUGCGCGAUCUUUUUUUUUUCUUUUUUCAGUCGCCGGUGGCGGUUUCCUUCCCCCUUCCCAAGUCCCAACUGCUUUCUCGUCGGAUGCUCGUCGUCGCUGCGGGCCGCGGCUGCUCGUUCCUCUUCCUCGUCUCCUCCGGGCUCCGGGGAACCCAUCAGCUAUCGCAGGCACGCGGGUUGGGGCGACUCCGCUCUGCCCCCGGAUCUCCGGCCCGGCCGGCGGCGCGCGGUGCGGACCAGCUCGGGUUGGGUUGGGUUGGGUUGGAUUUGGGGGCGGGGCAGUGCGAGCUUUGCUGCUGCUGUUGCUGUGCCGGCGGGAUGCGGUGGUGCGGCCUGCGGCUGCUCCCACUGGUUUGCCUGCUUGUUAUUGCUGCAGCCGCAGAAGAGGAUAAAACAAAUAUUCUACAAGCAGACAAAAAUAAUGACAACAACAUAGCACAUUCAGAUGGUGGGAAGACAGGACGGCAUGAUGAAACAAAUCCUAAUACAGUACAUCAUGAUGAAGGAAAGAAUGACCCUGAUGGGAACAACAAGAAGGACAAAUCAACAGAAGUUAUUAGCACGGCAAAAUAUGCGGCAGCUGUGCAUCAUGUGGAUAAAGAUAUCAACACAGCAAAAUCCUCGCAUGUAACAGACUUCUCACAAGAUCCUCUUAUCAAGGGGUGUGACCCAUCUCAUACAUGUGUAAUUGAAAAUAAAAAGUUCAUCGCCUGCUUGAAAGUUCCUGGAGAAGAUUCAUUAGCUCUAUCACUUCUGAUGGACAACAAAGGCAUGGACCCACUUUAUGUUGGUAUUACAACUCCAGAAUUUGUCACUUCAGCUGAAGACACCAUCCAUGUCCAAGCAAAUGAUCAUAAUGAGACACAGGUGACUAUUUUUAACAACGGUGCACCAAACAUGACAAUAAUUCUUAGAGUUGCUGAAGAGACCUGCAAUAUUAGCAUUCACCGAGCAAUUGCGAGGGAGAUAAGUCAAGUAAUGCCAAUGCGGCUUACCUCAAAAUACAUGUUAGUGCCUGUUUUUCUUCUUAUUGGAGCUGUGGUAGCAUGCAUUAAACUUCGGAGAAGAGGUAUCCAAGAUGGUGGACCUGCAUACCAGAAGCUUGAUGCGGCGGAGCUUCCUCUUUCGACUGGAGGGAAGAAAGAAGCAGAUCAAUCUGAUCAGUGGGAUGACAACUGGGGAGACGAGUGGGAUGAUGAGGCGCCAUUGACGCCAACCAGACAUAUGCCCAACCUAUCAUCCAAAGGUCUAGCUUCAAGGAGAUCUACCAAAGAUGGCUGGAAAGACUAAUGACAAUAUACUCCCUUUUCAUGGAUUGGAAAAAUAGUUCCAAUGCCUAUAUCAUAUGAUUUUUCUGUUCCAUUAUCUGAAAGAAUAUAUAUCCUUUUUGCCAUCUUUAUAAUAGGAAAAUUUUGUUCUCUUGCUACCUUUUGCUUGAUUUCUGGAGUGUAUAAGAAGAGACUACAGGGGCUAAGAUAUACUGGUUCAGUUUGUGCAUUUGUUCACCAAUGUAGAUAUGUGCACCUGAUAUGUUCCCUACAACUAAGGGAUCUCCAGAGCUUCGCUUCACUUGUGCAUGGAUUCCAACUGAGGCUCCAACUUCGUCUUGCAAUCAUGAAAGUUGGAUGAGAGAUCCACCGAACAAUGAACAAAUUGUUGAGAUGAAUGCUAUAUCUUUCAUUGACAAUUA